CUGCCCCAUAACACGGGGCGUGCGCGGGGCUCGGCUGCCUGGAGCUUUGCUGCGGGUCUGGUGUUCCUGUUGUGGGAUGCCGUCCUGUUCCGCAGCUCCCCACUGCUCGAGAAGUGCUCUUAAAUCCCUGUCCUGUUCCUCAGCUCCCCACAAAUCGAGCAGAGCACUUACACCCCCUGACAUCUCUCCUGGGGAUAGAUCACACAGCCUAGCUUAGGGAACGCGGCAGGCCCCUUCCGUGCCAAGGCGUUUGUGGUUAGCUCCCGGCUCCGGAGGUGUUUGCGGACCCCAGGAGCCGAGCUGCGUCGCCCUGCUGGGUUUGGAGAGCGCGUGGGGCUGGCAGCGAAGCUAUCGUGGGCAAACGGCGGCAGGGAAGGGUCUGGGAGCUGCCUCGCCCGUGGGAAUCACCAUUUCAAAGCAGCGCUCUCGAGUGUUGUCUGCCUCGCCAGGCAGUUUGGAUAGACUCCUUUUUAUUAUUUUUAAAAAGCAGCGGAGUCGCACCUCCUCCUCACACGUCCUCCUGCUGCUGCCACCAAAAAUAAACGUGGGGGACGGAGCGGUGACAAAAUCCAUGGGGAAAUCCUGCUGUCCUGGGCCGACCCCUCAGCCUGUAAGUCUGGGGGCACCCAAACUUGGUGGCCAGGGGCACACGGCAGCCAACGAAGGCUUUUAUUCUCCUUGCCGCCUCCUCCUCCUCAUUCGUCUUUAACGAUGCAGACUGAAGCACCAUCUACCUCGAUGCCAAGCUGUUUGUGAUUUUCAUGAAGAUCUUCCCGUGGACGCCCCGGGCUGAAGCUGCGGCAAUGGGGCAGUGGGAAGCUGCAGGAGCUGUGCCCCUCUGGGCAACGGGGAUUCGGCCCCUGCCGGUGGCAGGGCGACAGAAAAGGUUUCAGUGGUCAUCAAGGUGAAGGAGACGCAGCCUGUGGUCGGCUCACGGUGCUGUCGCUGCUGGUACGUGCCCAUUGUGGUGACCUCUGCUGCUGCGAUGUCCAGCCGCCCCGGGAGAGCCCGUCUGCCGCGGCAAGGAUAUGCCUGGUGCUGGCGGAGCCUCACGUGCUGUCCCCUGGGCCCAGCACCUCCGACUGCAAAAACCAUUUGCUUCAGAGGCAGGUGGAAGGCAUCCAUCCCUUCUCCCGGCAGAUAAGUUCCGAGAAGAGCUUUGUUUUUUUCUUGGCAUUUUGUUAGCAAAGAGCUUUCAGAUUCGAAACGCAAACCAACAAAACGGCACCUAACCCAGGCACCAACACCCGGCCUUUUCCCCCAGCUGGAUCCGCGGCAUCGCUGGGCAGGAUUUCCCUUCGCGGUGGCUCAAGGAGCUGCACGUAUGGGCGCUGUGUACGUGGGUGCCGCGGGCCACAGCCGCCGUGGGGCUGGCAGGAACGUGCGGGGCGCGCGUGGCAUUUCCCAGCACGAUAGCGAGCCCUCGGUGCUUAUCUGCCUGGGCAAAUGUGCGCUGCGGGGGCAAAGAUAGCGGGAUGCUGAGUGCUCCGGGCAGUCACAUUCGGACGGGAAAGGUCAGGAGUAGAGCUGAGAGGUGGCCGUGGAGCACUGGCACGAGGGCAGCCUUUGGAGAUCGGGAGACCGGCGGGAGCGCUGCGAGGUGGGAGGAUGCUGCAGCGCGCCGGGGGCUGACACGCGGUGCUGCGGCCGCGGGGAGCGGUGCCCCCGCCGCCCACCCAUGCUCCCCGCCGGCAGCCGGGGCAGCGCCCCGUGACGGGUGGCGGCAGGCGCCCGCCUUACCGGGACCGGGACCGGGAUCGGGAUCGGGACCAUCGCCCCCGUGCCGGCCGCCCCGUCAUGACGAGCCUCUUCCGACGCAGCAGCAGCAACGGCGGGUCGCGCGGCGGCUCCUCGGCGCAGGAGCUCAACAACAGCCGCCCCGCCAGGCAGGUCCGCCGGCUGGAGUUCAACCAGGCCAUGGAGGACUUCAAGACCAUGUUCCCCAACAUGGACUACGACAUUAUCGAGUGCGUUCUGAGGGCCAACAACGGCGCCGUGGACGCCACCAUCGACCAGCUCCUGCAGAUGAACUUGGACAGCAGCGGCUGCGACGACAGCUCGGACUCGGAGGACAGCAUCCCCCCCGAGAUCCUGGAGCGGACCCUGGAGCCGGACAGCUCGGACGAGGAGCCCCCCCCCGUGUACUCCCCCCCUGCCUACGAGAGCCAGGCGCUGGGCAGCCGCUGCCCCCGCGCGCCCCCCACGCCGCCGCCCAGGACGGACGUGCCGGGGCCCGGCAGCGCCCAGGCGCCCGGCCGCUACAGGAACUGGAACCCGCCGCUCCUGGGCAACCUCCCCGAGGAUUUCCUGCGCAUCCUGCCCCAGCAGGCGCCCCGCGCCCAGGGCUCUCCAGGCUGCCGGCAGCCCGUGCCGAGAGGGCUCGGCCCGCGGGGCCAGGGCUCCCUGGAGCAGGAGAGGAGGUGGAAGCAGUACCUGGAGGACGAGCGGAUCGCGCUCUUCCUGCAGAACGAGGAGUUCAUGAAGGAGCUACAGAGGAACCGGGAUUUCCUGCUUGCCCUGGAGAGAGACCGGUUGAAAUACGAGUCAAAAAAGUCCAAGUCGAGCAGUGUUGCUGUCAGCAACGAUGUUGGUUUCUCCUCCGUAAUAUCAGGUGACGCAGCCCCCCCCGUAACCAGCGAGGCCGGCAGCGCCGUGUCCGACGAUGCCUUAUUCAGAGACAAAUUGAAACACAUGGGGAAGUCAACGCGCAAGAAGCUGUUUGAACUUGCCAGAGCCUUCUCCGAGAAGACGAAGAUGAGGAAGUCGAAAAGAAAACACCUGUUGAAGCACCAGGUGUUGGGGACAGCAGCUUCCACGGCAAAUCUUCUCGACGAUGUCGAAGGACACUCGUGCGAUGAAGACUUCCAAGCACGGAGGCAGCAGCUCCAGGAGGAGGAGGAGACGCCAAAGGAAGGGCAGUAAAUGGUCCCAGCACUGGGCUUUAUUGCUGGCACAGAACAUGCAAAAGGCUUAA